AUGGCGAAGCGUGGAUAUAAGCUGCAGGAAUUUGUGGCGCACUCCAGCAAUGUGAAUUGCCUGAGCAUAGGAAGAAAGGCCGGUAGACUGUUCAUCACGGGUGGGGAUGAUCACAAAGUGAAUCUAUGGUCGAUUGGCAAACCUACUUCUUUGAUGAGUUUAUGCGGCCACACGAGUCCAGUUGGAUCCGUAGCAUUUGAUGCUGCUGAAGUUUUGGUGCUUGCUGGGUCUUCUGCUGGUGCAAUAAAAAUGUGGGAUUUAGAAGAAGCAAAAAUGGUUCGCACUCUUACUGGACACAGAUCCGACUGCAAUGCCGUUGAGUUUCAUCCAUUUGGUGAAUUCUUUGCAUCUGGUUCUGCGGACACGAAUCUGAGGAUAUGGGAUAUCAGAAAGAAAGGAUGCAUUCACACAUACAAGGGCCACAGUCAAGCCAUUAGUACCAUUAAAUUCACUCCUGAUGGCCGCUGGGUUGUGUCUGGUGGAUUUGAUAAUGCUGUAAAGGUGUGGGAUCUUACUGCAGGAAAGCUUUUACACGAUUUUAAAUUCCAUGAAGGACCUAUCAGAUCAUUAGACUUCCAUCCCCUUGAGUUUCUCUUAGCGACAGGUUCUGCUGAUCGAACUGUGAAAUUCUGGGAUCUUGAAACAUUCGAAUUAAUUGGAUCAGCUAGACCCGAGGCAACGGGAGUACGCUCUAUGGCGUUUCAUCCUGAUGGAAGGACACUUUUUUGUGGAUUAGACGAUAAUCUCAAGAUAUAUUCUUGGGAGCCUGUGAUUUGUCAUGAUUCAGUGGACAUGGGAUGGUCUACCCUUGGUGACCUCUGCAUUCAAGAUGGGAAACUUUUGGGUUGCUCAUACUAUCAUAAUACCGUUGGAGUUUGGGUGGCAGACAUUUCGCUUAUUGAGCCAUAUGGGACUGGUGAUGUGCAUGAAGAAAAUGAAUACACAGAGCAGAUGUUCACUUUCUCAAAAACUUAUUCUGGAGACAUAAGCAGUGAUAUAAAAUCAGUUGCGGGUUUGCGCUCUAGGUCUCCGGAAAUCGACACAAAAGACAUAAAGAACAUAUAUAUUGAUUCUAGUGGUGGAAGUCCUGUUGCUUUGCAAAGGACUGGUUCACUGAACUCUGGUAAUGGUGUCUUCCCAUUGGACACAAUUCAAACAUAUAAUCCACCAAUAGAGAAGCAAUGUCAUUCGGUGGAACUGAAUACCAAAUCUGGUGGUCAGACACUUGAUAAAUCUUUUAUUGCACCAACAGUAGUACCUCAGCAACCUGCCAUAGAAAAGGACUCUGUUGAUACAAAAAAUGAAAAGAUUACCUUUUCAAGGACUAAACCAGGAAUGCUGCUUAGACCAGUGAGAAGGGCUUCUAAAAGUGAUAUCAAGGACGUCUCGGUGAUAAUUGAACCUGUAAAUCUUGCCAAUGUAGCUAUUGAGAAAGAUAUUACAGCAGAUGUGCCUGUGCAGACCAAGAUUGUGCUUGAAGAGGGAACUCAGAAGUCCAAUGAGGAAAAAGGUUCUUUGUUUCCCAGUGUAGCACAAAAAUCCGAGAAGUUGCCAUCUCCAGAGAAACCCCCUAUUAGUGAAAAUUGUGAUGAACCUGCUAAAACUAUAAGGACCGAGCCAGGUUUCAAUGUGAAUGGAGGUGAUGAAGCUGAUAAAUUUAAAAGAGUAAACCCAGUUAGGAUUGUCAAUGGAGUUGCAGUGGUGGAAGGCAGAACUCGUUCUCUUGUUGAGAGGUUCGAAAGACGAGAAAAGUCAAGCACUGAAGAUCAAUCACCCAAUGGAGAUCUUCCUGUGCAAGGAGCAAUUAAUACUCCCAAUAUAACUACUGAUAUGAGCCCUCAUAUAACAGCUGAAACAGAUAACACACCAGUCGCUCCUUUUUCUGAACCCAAGCCAGCUUCUAGAGGUAAACCUGAGUGUGAUGGAAGUCCAAUUCCACCAUCAAAUACAGCAUCGCCUGCUGUAUCUGAAGCAGAUAAAGCUCCCAUUCGAGUACGCAGGUCUUCUUCUCAUGGGUUACCUGGAACAGCUCCUGAUAUGAGCCCUCAUGUAACAGCUGAAACAGACAAAACACCAGUCACUCCUUUUUCUGAACCCAAUCCAGCUUCUAGAGGUAAACCUGAGAGUGAUGGAAGUCCAGUUCCACCAUCAAGUACAGCCUCACCUGCUGUAUCUGAAGCAGAUAAAGCUCCCAUUCGAGUACGCAGGUAUUCGUCUCAUGGAUUACCUGGAACAGCUUCUGAUAUGAGCCCUCAUGUAACAGCUGAAACAUAUAAAACACCAGUCACUCCUUUUUCUGAACCCUAUCCAGCUUCUAGAGGUAAACCCGAGAGUGAUGGAAGUCCACUUCCACCAUCAAAUACAGCCUCGCCUGCUGUGACUGGAGCAGAUAAAGCUCCCAUUCGAGUACGCAGGUCUUCUUCUCAUGGAUUACCUGGAAUCCAUAGAAGUAUAAAUCCUCCAUCUUCCACAUCCUCUCGCGCUGUAACUGAAGUGGACCGCUCUCACCGGAGGGCGUCCAGUGUAGGAACCUACCGUACUCGUCUGACCUCAUCGGCCCCAACAUCGUCUAAUUCUGUCCCUGAAUCAGAAGGCACCCAUCCAGUGGCAUCAUCGUAUAGAAACCUCAGCCGUACUGCCGAUACAGAUAUAUCACCCUUCGCCACAAUUCAUAAGAUACCACGUGAUCUACCUGCAACUGGUAGUAGGAUGACAACUGCAGUGAAGGAAGAGCAGCGGAUUUCUAUGAGAGGGUCGGUCUCUGCUAAUUUUGGACUUGCUGUAGCAUCUGAUAGAACCUCUAAUAAUACUCCUGAAAUGGAAAAAUUGCCCUUCUCCACAGUUAGUAGGCCCCGUCGCCGAGUAUCUGGGAUGGAUAGAACGCGGCCAAUCAUGAAGGAAGAGCCACAGAUUUCUAUAAAGGACUCCACCUCUGCUGGUUAUGGACCUGGAAUGUCGUCUGACGCGCCUAACAAUACUCCUGAAGUCGAAAAAUCAGCACUCACAGCAGUUAAUAGGGCCCGUCACCGUAUACCUGCAAUGGAUCGUACACCUCCAAUCGUGAAGGGAGAGCCACAGGUUAUGCUAAGGGAGUGUGUCUCAGCUGAUCAUGGAUCUUCAGCAGCAUCUAAUUCUAGCCGAAGUAGUUCACCUGAAUUUGAAAAAUCCGCCUUCACUACAGUUAAACAGGCUCCUCGGCGAGUGCCUGUGAUGGAUAAAUCACCUCCCACUGCGAAUGAAGAGCCUCAGAUUUCUGGAAGGGACUCUGGCUGUGGGGAUGUGAUUGAAGAUCUGUUGCAAAACCAUGAUGCCAUUUUAAGUACUCUUAAAUCUCGAUUAACUAAAUUGCAAGUCAUUCGACAUUUUUGGGAGCAGAGCGACUUCAAAGGUGCAAUCAAUGCCAUGAGGCGACUACCUGAUCACUCAGUCGGUAUUGAUGUGCAAGCAGAUGUGGUCGGUGUUCUAGUAGACAAAAUAGAAAUCAUCACCUUGGACUUAUUUUCGUCCUUGCUUCCUGUGCUUGUGGGCUUACUCAAUAGCCAGAUGGAAAGGCAUGCAAAUACAUCACUGGAGAUGCUGCUGAAGCUUGUAGCAGUCUUUGGACCAACGAUUCGUUCCACUGUUUCAGCUCCUCGUCCAGUUGGCGUUAAUCUUCAUGCAGAGGAAAGGAUCGACUGCUGUAACCAAUGCUUCAUCGAGCUACAGAAGAUUCAACAAAUCCUUCCUUCACUCGUCAGGAAAGGUGGUGUCCUGGCGAAAUCUGCCCGGGAGUUGAAUCUAGUACUUCAACGACCUUGA